AUGGCAAGAGGUUUGAAGAAGCAUCAGAAGAGGCUCAAUGCCCCUAAGCAUUGGAUGCUUGACAAACUUGGUGGUGCAUUUGCCCCCAAGCCGUCUUCUUCUGGGCCACACAAGUCUAGGGAAUGCCUACCCCUUGUUCUUAUCAUCAGAGACAGGUUGAAAUAUGCUCUGACAUACAGUGAAGUGAUUUCGAUCUUGAUGCAAAGGCAUAUUCAAGUUGAUAGGAAAGUCAGGACUGACAAGACAUACCCUGCUGGUUUCAUGGGUGAAUGUUGUGUUUUUUGUAUGACACCAAGGGACGUUUCCGUCUUCACUCCGUCAGGGAUGAGGAAGCAAAGGUUUGUUCUCCUGAAUCCUUUUAUACUUCCGAAUACUGAAUCUGUCGAAACAAAAGUCAAGUCUGUAUUUGGCGUUGGAGGCCUGAUAAAUCCGCAUGAUGAUUUACCAGUUUGUAUAAUAGUCUUACAACAAGUAUCCUCAUAUGUUGUUGUGCAGUUCAAGCUAUGCAAGGUGAGAUCUAUCCAGUUUGGUCAGAAGGGUAUUCCUUACCUGAACACAUACGAUGGUCGCACCAUCCGUUACCCCGACCCGCUCAUCAAGCCUAACGACACAAUCAAGCUCGACCUUGAAGCUAACAAGAUUGUGGAGUUUAUCAAGUUUGAUGUUGGCAACGUAGUGAUGGUGACUGGAGGAAGAAACAGAGGGCGAGUUGGUGUGAUAAAGAACCGUGAAAAACACAAGGGAAGCUUUGAAACCAUUCACAUUCAAGUCUCAACAGGACAUGAGUUUGCUACGAGAUUGGGAAAUGUGUUCACAAUAGGGAAAGGAACAAAACCAUGGGUGUCUCUUCCAAAGGGAAAAGGUAUUAAGUUGACCAUCAUUGAGGAAGCUAGGAAGAGACUUGCUGAUCAACAAGCUGCUUAA